AUAAAAUUUUCUAAGAGCCAAAGCAGAGAAAUGGCAGAGAGCGCCGUAUCAUUUCUUCUCGACCACCUUUUGGCCAUGAUAGAGGCGAAGGUGAAGCUAUUGAAAGGGCUGCGCAAAGAAGUUAAGAGCAUUGUUGUUGAAUUGAGGACCAUGAAAGCAUUCCUGAAAGAUGCAGAUGCAAGGUCUGAAACCGAAGAAGCUGUAAAAUUAUGGGUAAAGGAUGUCAGAGAAGUGGCUUAUGAUAUGGAAGAUGUCCUUGAUGAGUUCAUGUUUCGCUUUGCAGAACAAGGAGAACAUCAAUCACAUGGAUUCAUCAUCAGCUAUAUUCACAAGAUCAGCCGCUUCAUCAAGAACUUUAAAACACGCCAGUCACUGGCCACUCAGAUACAAGACAUUAAAGCCCAAAUACAGAAUGUAUCCGAGAGGAGAAAGCGAUAUAAACUCAAAAGCUUAGAACAAGCUCCAAGUUCGAGGUCUUCAUCAGGUGCCAUGUUCCAUGAUAUCCGAGAAGAUGCCCUUCUGUUGCAUGAAACCGAUCUGGUAGGGAUUGAAAAGCCCAAGGAAGAAAUCACUGGGUGGCUUGUGGAGGGUCAAUCAAGCCUUGGAGUAAUUUCGGUGGUGGGUAUGGGUGGCCUAGGCAAGACAACUCUGGUCAGGAAAGUGUACGACGAUCAAAGGGUGAAGGGACACUUCCAAUCCCAUGUAUGGGUUACUUUUUCAGAGUCACCAAGGAUUCACGAGUUGCUAAUACACAUGACAAAGCAGAUAUACGAGGAGCAUCACCAACCAAUUCCUCAUGGAGUCGAGACAAUGGAGGAUGCCAAGCUGAAGCAACUGCUCCAAGAAUUUUUGAAGCAAAAGAGGUAUGUAAUCGUUGUUGAUGACAUAUGGAGCAUACAAGCAUGGAAAUCUAUUGAACAUGUUUUCCCUGAUACUGAUAGCAAUCGUGGAAGUAGAAUAAUGAUCACAACACGUUCUAAAGUUGUAGCUGAAUCGUGCAUGAAAUCUCAUCUUCAUGUUUACACACUCAAAACAUUGUCCCAAAAAAAGUCUUGGACUCUGUUCUGCAACAAGACCUUUCGGUCUUCCCCUGACCAUAGUUGUCCUACACAUCUGGAGGAGCUCUCUCAAAGCAUUGUCAGGAAAUGUGGAGGACUUCCACUUGCAAUUGUGACAGUGGGUGGUGUUUUAUCAACAAAGCAGAAGACUGAGAUGGACUGGGAGAUGUUUGACCGCAGCCUGGCUACUGAGCUAUAUGAAGAUGACAGUCUUAGGAGUAUGGUGAAAAUACUAACCCUGAGCUACAAUGAUCUGCCAUAUCAUUUGAAAUCUUGCUUUUUGUGUCUAAGUAUGUUCCCUGAAGAUGAAUUGAUUGAUAAAACGAGAUUAAUUCGAAUAUGGAUGGCAGAAGGAUUUAUCCAAAGGAAAGAAGGGAAGACCUUGGAAGAGAUAGGAGAGAGUUACCUCUAUGAGCUAGUUAAUAGGAGCCUUAUCCAAAUAGCAGAAACAUCUGACUUUGAUGGACGAGUCAAAAAAUGUCGAGUCCAUGACCUCAUUCGAGAAAUCAUUCUUUCAAAAGCUAGGGAGCAGAAUUUUGGCACCAUAAUUAAGCAGGACCAGGAUGUCAAGGUAGAUAAUGAAAAAAUCAGGCGUCUAUCUUUCCAUCAUAGUUGUGAAUUGGUACCGCAACAGGAGGAGAGCAUCACCCACCUUCGUUCUCUGUUUACGUUUAACGUGAGUACAUUAUCCGACACAUUUAGAAGUGGUGCAUUUUUUUCAAGGCUGGAGCUGCUCAAGGUGUUGGAUUUGCGAAAUGCCCCGUUGAAUGAGUUUCUAGAGGAAUUCACCAAUCUCUUCCAUUUAAAGUAUUUAAGCUUGAGGAACACCAACAUCAAACAGAUUCCAGAUUCCAUCAAGAAGCUCCAAAAUUUGGAGACCUUGGAUCUUAAACAAACAUACGUGUCUGAGUUGCCCAUUGGGAUCCUCAGCCUUCAUAAACUACGACAUCUUCUUGUUUACUACAGGACUACUGAUUUUGCUUCUGGUACGUUUGACGAAUAUUUAGGAUUCAAGGCACCAAAUGGAAUUGGAGUAUUAGAAUCCCUACAAAAACUGAGUUUCAUGAUAGCAAACACUGCAAGUGUCUUAAUUAAAGAGCUCGGGAGAUUGGUCCAACUCAGAAAAUUGUGGAUUAUGAUGUUAAAAAGGGAGGAUGGAAUACAUUUGUGUUCCUCCAUUGAAAAAAUGAGCUGCCUAAAAUCUCUAGCUGUAACUGCAAUAGAGGAGAGCGAGAUUCUUGACCUCGAAUCACUAUCUUCCCCACCUCGUUUUCUAAGAAAGUUAGCGUUGGUUGGGCGAUUACAGAGUUUACCACAUUGGAUUCCUUCAUUACGCAGUUUGAGCAGUAUAGCCUUAGCGGGGGCUAAAUUGAAGGAUGAUCCACUUGAAGCCCUAAAUGGUUUACCCGACCUAAGAGUGCUUAGUCUCGGUGAUGCUUACCAGGGAGAACAAUUACGUUUUCAAUCAGGCGGUUUUCAGAGGCUUACUUAUCUAAUUCUUAACAGUUUAGGAGGAUUGAGAAUGGUUACAAUGGAGGAGGGAUCACUGCCUAAUCUCGAACGCAUAGAAAUUACGUAUUGCAGAAUUCUAGAGAAAGUGCCAUCAGGCAUUGAACGCCUCACAAAGCUUGAGGAAAUUCUUUUUUGUAAUAUGCCAGAUGAAUUUCGACUGAAGAUGUGGUAUAAUGGCGAAGAUCAUGCGAAAGUAGCACAUGUCCCAUCGGUUAGAUUUCCGAAUUGGAUUGAUGGACAGUGGGAGAUAUAUGAUUUAAAUGAUACUGCAAGUGCAAGGCGCAAGCUCCUCUUGGUCUGAUAUCUGGCUAACUAAUAAUUUGCCAGCAUAUGAGAAGCCUUCUGCAGUGUAAUCUCUGUGAUACUUUGGAAUGAAGACUGAAGAACAAAUAUGCUGCAAGGAAGAUGUUAUUUGGCCUUUAUUCAUAUAUUUCAGUAGUUAUGGUUGGAGUGAAGAUGUUUUAGUUCAAUAAUGUUUCCCAUGCUGUAGGCAUUGAAGAAUGUUUGUGCAUAAUAAAUUUGUCACCAUAUACUGCAUGUGAUCUAGCUAGGGUUUAAUAACACUUGAUAGUUAGGGUUUGAUUUAAUUUCUGUUCUCUUUUUUUUUAGGUUUAGAUUUAAUUUCUGUUUCUAUCUAAUGUACAUGUUGCUUGUUGGGAAAUUGUUCCUUGUAAA